UACAGAACAAUCACUGAACUCCAUGACCCCCAUAUAGAACGCGCCGUUGUCAUGGAACCAUUAUGACAUCACAUAAUGGUUAUAAAAAGGCUCAGCCAGAUGAGACCGGUAUCAUUUGACUAAUCUGAACGCUUGGCUUUGGUUGACUCCGAACGCUACUGUACAGAUUACCAAGUGAUUUUUGCAGACUUUCAAAAAGUUCGCAACUUUAAACUGCUCGACGCACUGUGUACAUACAGACAGUUUACUUAGAUUUCAACUCUCUGUGAACCGAGUCUAAACACAGUUAAGUCUUUCAGUUUUUCUUCGACAUGUUUCGUCCUAUAACACCAUUGUCUGACAAGGACAUGGAAGGAACAGAUGUCGAAAACAUGGAUUUUAUUUUACCGAAUGCUGUGCCGAACUUUGACGAUGUCCUUGAUAUUGGACUUUCGUCACAAGUCGGGCGCGCUGCCGGUUGUUUUAAUCCAUGUGGAGGAGAGGAGGAGGAUGAUGAGGUGGAUGUUUAUCCAACACUUACUGAGGCGAAACGCCAAAGAGUGUUUGGAGGAGAGAUGGAUUCAUUCCUACCGAAUGCUGUGUUGACCUGUGACUAUGUCCCUGAUAACGGACUUUUGUCUGAGGUCGGCUGCGCUGCCGGGGGUUUGAAUCCAAGUGGAGGAGUAGAGGAGAAAAUCCCAACAAUGUUGGGAUGGAGAUGUGAUGAUGACGGAAUGGAUUUUGUCCUUCCAAGUGCUGUCCUUGACAUUGUCCCGAACAACGGACAUUUGUUAGACAGACACGCCGGUAGUGCACAUCCACGAGGAGGAGUAAAGGAGUUUACUCCUGCAUUUGAGGAGGCGAACAGCCCCAAAGAAAAAUGCAUGAAAAAAAUCUUGAACUCAAUAAAGAAGGGAUGGAAUAAUGUUAUGCACCCAUGCCUUCAGAAUGAUAAGGUGGAAACACUGAUUCCUUCAGAGCUUAAUGCAGAAGCUAUUCCUAAUCUAAAGGAUGAUGCUGGUCUGGGGAGCUCUGAAUUAAACACUGAAAUCAAACCGGACAAGCGAAAGGCUUUCUUUGGCUGUCUCUGGAGGGGCAAGGUGGAGUCAAUGCCGACUCCACAGCUUAAAGCCGAUCCAGCUAUCCCUGAUGUUAGGGAAGUUGUUGAUCCGACAUCUCAGUCAAAGGCCGACGUUAGUCUGAAGAAACAGAAACAAAAGGCUUCAAAGAGCCGCAAAUGUAACCUCCAGGGAGAAAAAGUGACUGUUGUGCCAACUCAACAGCCCAAGGCUAUUUCAGAUAUUCCUGUUGGCAUGGAUGUUCCUGCUCUGGCCAGCCCCCAAUCAAAAACAAAGAUUCAUCCGGAUAGUCGCAAGACAUUGAAGCAACGCAUCCAUGGAUGCUUCCGGAGGGGCAAAGUGGAGUCAAUGCCGAUUUCACAGAUUGAAGCCGAUCCAGCUAUCCCUGAUGCCAGGGAAGUAGUUGAUACGGCAGAUUCUCAAUCAAAGAUUGUUGGCUUAAAGAAACAGAAAAAAAAGGCUUCAAAGAGCCGCUUAUUUCACAACCCUUGGAGAAAAAAAGGGAAAAAAGAUGCCGAUCCAGCUAUUCCUGAUGCCAUGGAUGGUGCGGAUCUGGCCAGUUUUGAUGGCAUCGCUGCAGCCAAUGCCAGGCUACAGAAGAUAGGUGCCAUUCCAGCCAAUAUCGGGUUAAAAGGUGGUGGAAAUCCCGACCCAAAUAAAGCUACUAGGUUAAAAGAUGAUAAAGCUGUCAGGCCAAAAGCUCUUGCAAAUCCCAGAAAUCCUGGGCAAGAAGAUAAGCAAGUUGUCAGGCCAAAAGUUCCCAGAAAUCCUGGCCCAGAAGUUAAUCAAAAUAUCUUUCAACGAGCUAUUAAAACACUAAACAAGACAGAACAAGUUGAUCCAGUGCCUAAAGAAACUUUUCAUUCUAAAUAUCAACUCUUAGAGAAUAAAGUGCUUGGGCAAGGUGGCUCUGGCAAAGUGUACAGAGGGAUCCGUAAAUCGGAUGGCACUCCGGUUGCCAUCAAGCGAAUAUACAAACGAGAGACUGAAAGAUAUCUUAAGAGUCCUGGACACCCCGAACCGCUCAUUACAGAAGUGGCGCUGAUGGUUAAGUUAAGCAAUGGGCCCUUCUGCCCCAAUGUCAUAAAGAUGUAUGAUUGGUAUGAGACGAGACAAUUUUACAAUCUCGUUUUGGAGUACCCUCUGCACAGCGUAUCCUUGAGGCGUUUUGUUACUCGUCAAAAAAAACUAAGGGAACAUACAGCAAAACGUCUCAUGCGCCAGGCGGUACUGGCAGUGGAACACUGUCUGGAUAAUGGAGUUUUCCAUACAGACCUCCAUGCCAGGAACUUCUUGGUGCAGAAAUCAACAAUGACCCUGAAGGUUAUUGACUUUGGACUUGGACAUUAUCUCAAGAAUGAUGGCUAUAGGUCCUACGACUUUAUAGGAGCUCCAUGUUGCACCCCGCCUGAGACCAAAACAGGGAAGACAUUCCACGCCAUGCCAGCAAACGUCUGGGCCUUAGGUGUUUUGCUGUACUUCAUGGUGCUUGGAACUUACCCCUUUCCUUACCACGACUAUUAUUUGGACAACCUGAAAAAAGAUGUGGGUUUAUCAAAGGAAGUCUGUCAUCUGAUAAGAUGGUGCCUGGCCGAGAAACCAAAGAAUCGUCCGACGCUCAUGCAGAUCUUAGAUCAUGACUGGUUUAAGAUUUUCAGUUUUUGAGUUACUCAGACUGGUAAACUGAGUAUGAUGAAGAAGAGCUACUCUCAUACAAAAUGAGGGCACCAGGCACUAACACAGAUGAAGCUUAAUGACUGAAGGAGAGAGGAAUGAUGGGAGAUGCUGUUUUCAUGGAUGAGGUUGUAUUUCAGCCUCAGACGUCAUGACCACAGACCGCUGGCUGAACGUCUGAUGCAGAUCCUAUCUCGUCCUUGAACACAUUAAAUAAAAAUGUUUUAAUUCAUAUUGUUUUAAUCAUUUUAAGUUGUAUAAUAUAGUAUUUAAUAUAUAGUAUGUCCAUUAUAGAAUCAGCUAUGUCUGGCUCUCUCUUUAGGGUUUUUUUCUCCUACAGUAGGAGUUUAGGGAGUCAGCUUACAUUGGCUUAACUUAAAUCUCUCUUCUAUACAUUACAUUAUUACAAUGCUUGAUAGUUCAGUUUAAUCUGUACUUUGCAACUUUUGUUGUCCCUUGAUUUUUCUGUGUUUUUCCUUUUUUAUUAAUGUAAAGCUGCUUUGAAAUAAUUAAACAAUUGUGAAAAGUGCUACA